CUUGACAACAUGGACGGAAGUGGCGUUGAUUUUCGCGCAAGGAAACUCGUCCUGCUCCUGGCGCGCCAAAUUUCAAAGCACUUCCUGGGGACAAGAGGCGAUAAGGUUCACCACGGAGCACAAAUAAAAGACUUACGUAGCGUUUUACAAAACAUAUACCUUCAUAUUUUGGAAUGAAGACCAGCAAUCGAGCAUCUUUCCACUACAUAUGCACUUUUAAUAUUUCAUCCACCUGUGCUGCAGCUUUAUAGUUCGUCCUUGUGAUGUGAGAGCUGCUGUUUGCCGGCUGUGUUGUGGUUCUUCCUGCACAGUUAUUUGUGGGAUGUCAGGAUGUCGUCGGGAGUCCAGCCGUGUUUUCAGUUGUUGAGGAUUGGAUUGUCUGACACGAACAAUAGUAACGCUCAGGGAAAUGCGUCGUCAGACUCUGUCCGUGACCUGUACACUUUCCGGCCCGCACUGGCCCAGUGUGUGUUUCGUUUGGGACGGGACACGGAGCAGUGUGACGUCACUCUGGAGUCCAUGAUCGUGUCCCGUGUCCACGCAGAGCUCCACGUGGAAAGAGAAACUGAUGGCUCUGGGGAAGAAAGCUGGAAAGUGCAAGUGAAGGAUCGCAGCAGUUAUGGCACGUGGGUAAAUGACAUGCGCCUCCAACAAGGGCUCUUAAAGGAAAUCUUUGACGGCGACACGCUCACCAUCGGCGGCCAAUCAGGACGGGCUAGUCCAGAGUUCUACUUCCUCUUCCAGAAAGUACGGGUUCGUCCGCUGGACUUUGACGCCAUCACUGUGCCCAAAGCGGGUUCCUUCUCAUCCGACAUAAAGAACCGGAUCAGAACGUGCUCGGACCGUAAACCGGACCCAGCUCUGGACAUCUCAAAGCUGUCCAUCAACAGAGCCACGGUCAUCCUCAACUCCAUCGGCAGCCUGAGCAAGAUGAACGGCAGCUGCUGGACCUUCAAGAAGAACGAAAGUACGAGCACCUUAAAUACGCCAGCGUUCACCGCUCUGGCUCCGCCCACGACUCCGCCUCCUUUCCAGGCCGUUGGAGAGAUUUCAUCCAAGUCUGUCCCGCUGUCCUCAAAGAGCCGACGCAAGUCCGCCCACACGGUUCUGCUGGAGGACGACAGCUCGGACGAUCCCACGAACCGCAGAGACCUGGAGGACGGACGCAGGGGACAAGCCAAGAAAAGACGCCGGCUUUACAAAUCAGAGUCAGAGGUGUUUCAGCCCCCUCUACCCAAACUGGAGCAGAACUGCCAGUCACAGAUUGACGUGAGCAGCAGCAUUUUCAGUGUGCCACCCAGCCGGCAGUUCAAUCAUAUCCUGAACAUAUCGAGUCACACCAAAGGCAACGGCAUCAGUGUGACGCCCCUCCGCCUGCAGAAGCCCUGCUUGUCUGGUCCUGGCAGGAGGCCGAGGGCUCACAGCUCCCCCGUAUUCACCACACUCAGGAUGGGAAGUGAGAAUUAUAACCUGACCUCCCCGUCAGCGAGGAUGAGCAAGACCGAGAAGGCCAGGGGAGUGAUUUCUCGCUUUCAGGCCUCAACUGGGCGUCGACGUGGAAGGCCUAGAAAACACCCGCUGCCACAGCCUUCCCUGCCGUCUCCCUCUUCAUCAUCCUCUUCUAGCUCCACCUCUUCCUCCUCCUCCUCCUCAUCAUCCUCUGAAGAUGAAGAGGUGGCGGUGGCUCAGGGAGUGGAGCCCUGCGCAGCGGCUCACUGUCGUCUCCCGCAGCAGGACACUGUGCAGUGGAUCCAGUGUGACGACUGCGACGCCUGGUAUCACCUCGACUGCUUACCACACAACCACAACCGAGACUCGCUGCUCUUCGACCCCAGCGCAGACUUCCACUGCGGCUGCCACUGAGGCCAGCAGUCAGUCAGGACCGGCUCGGCUUCCUCUCCUUUAAGGCUUUUAAUAAACCAAAUUCUCUCAAACAUUGUAGAUAUUACAAUCAAAUUCACAGGACUGGCAGAUAUGAUGCUUCCUGGCAUUUACAGUGCAAAUCUCUGCGAUGAUGGCGAGCUGGUGUUUUCUGCAGUGGUGCUAAUUGCUUUGAACUGAUUUGAACUGAUUUGGAUGAAAUGAGGGUGUUGGAUUUAGACAGCAGCUUCAAGAGCAUCCAAACAUGCUGCAUCCCAUUACAACACUGGAUGCUUUCUGACUCUUUCUGAUAGAUAUGUAUUCAAUAUACGCAAGAAUGAAAUCUUCAAAAUGCUAAAAAAUCUAAAUAAGUAUGAAUAU